AAAUAUAAAAAUGGAAGACACCAUCGGUCAAACUCGAAUUAAGAACUUUAUCAAGGUAGACUCUCGACAUCCUCUUCAUAAAAGGGAGACCUACAUGAUCUCCCUCAGGAAGAAGCGUAAGGUCAAGAUGUUCAUGCAGAGGAGGGAGGAAAUGAUUGAUAGCCACCAGACACAGGAAGAGAAGGAAUUCUUGAAGUCUCAUAAGAUCCAGGAUAAUAUCCUUGGGUUCGAAAACACCUUUGAGGUCCUAAGAUGCCUGAAAGCUACAAACCCAGACGAUCUUAAGGACAUUCAUCUCUAUCUAACCCUGCUUAGUGAGUACGUCAGUGAGUUUAGUAAGGACAGCAAAGAAUUCCCGCAACUUUUUGAGAAAGUGGGAUUUGAAGAGGUCUUUGGAUACUGAGUAGAGCUAAUCGAUAUGAUUGAUAAGUCAGAACAUAUAGACCAAUUUUAUGACAUUUUUGAUAAGAUUUUAGACUUUUCUACAACUCUUUGAGAAGAAAGCGAGGAUUUUAAAGAUCAAUUAUUUUAUUGAAGAGACUUUGUUCCUGUUACAUGUAAUAUCUAUAAAUGGCUUGCAAAGUUCUGGAGUGACGAGUUCGUUCAAAAAGAAGAUUUGGGCAAAGCUGAAGAAGGUCUCAACUCUCUUUACAACAAAACUACAAGAUCUCUGGUGAAGCUUCAGGUGCUAUUCACCUAUCUAUCCAUGGACAUAGUUAGGCUUGAAAUCUUACUGAAAGAUGGAGAUUAUUUAAAAAUAAUAUCUAAUCUAUUCAUGGUCAACAGAAACUUGAAGUCAAAAUAAAGUGUGGUUCUAUAGCUGAUCCUCACUCAUCUUCUUGUGCCAAUAUGUAGAAAGUAAAAUCAAUAUCGAAGAGUACGAAGACAUCUUGGAAUCGAUAGCAUUUGAGCUCACUUCACAAGGAGAAAUGACUGAAAUGAACAUGCAAAGCCUUGAAGUAGUCCUCUUGAUUUUGAAGCAAUACAAACAGGAAGCUGAUCUUAAGGAAGCAGUCAGCUUUGUUAAAUUUAAGAUUAACGUUAUCAUGAACAUUUGUUAUGACUUUUAUUCAGAAUUAGCAAUGGUUUAUGAAGAUUGUGGACCUUUUCAAAUGAAUGACACUCAGAAACAAAUUACCGAGAUCACCCUUGAAAUCAUGACUAUAUUCGUUGAAAAUGAUAGCGACAGCCAUCUAGAAGCUAUCACUUCAGAUGACGUAUUCUUUGGGAUUUUAGAAGCAACUGAUCAGUGUAAGGAGAAAGAGAAAUUGUUCUCCUUCUUAGCCUGAGUCAUUCAGAGAUAUUCCUGGGAGUGUGGAAAUGAAAUCUGCUCAAAAACAUUUACAACCCAACCUCAUCGAGCUCCUAUUGCAUUGAUAAUUGGUAAUGGAAUUAUUAAGGACAACUACAAUAAAGUAUUAGAGUCCUCCACUGAAAUGGAAAAGACAGAAUUUAUUAGACUUCUAAAAGAGCUCUUUAUUUAUGCCAAUCAGGUGGAAAAUAUAGAUAGAGCACUAAUAGAUAUUGGUUUCUUCAGUUCUUGUACUAACAAAGAGGCCAAUCUCCAAUAUGCUCCUCGUUCUGAAGAGCCAAUAAAAUGUAUUUUCAGUGAUCUGAUUCCAAUAAUUGAAUCAAGGAAAGCGCCUAAACUACUAAUCUCAUCUCUCCACCUGCUACACUCUCUCCUCUGAUUCGGUCAGAGAAGGACUAAAGACGGGGAAGAGAAUCCCCUCGCUGUUGAUUUCACAGAGAAAGGUGGUACUGAUGCUCUAGAAAACCUCCUCGAAGAUCCUAACCAGGGUAUUGCCAAAAUCUGUGAGGAAAUUCUUUACUUAUAUUUCCGCUCAAAAUAGCCAACUUAAAUAUGAUCUCUUAUUCAAUCUUAAAA